AUGGUUGAAACGCGGCCCAUUGUGAUCCCACUGUUCUAUGAAAGUUUUUCCCUCUACCGAUCCCGCGGGUACACCGCCGAGGAUUGUGUCGAACUAGACAAGGACGAAACUAUCGAUGCCAUAGUCCGAUCCCUGCGGGAAAACGGCUUUGAAGUUGUUCCGGUCGGUGACAUAAAGGAGCUGGUGCAAUGUAUUGCCAGAGGGGAACACGAAAGGUCCCAGGGGCUUUUGGAGGCAUACCAGAUCCCGCACGUUUUUUCAGAUGCGGCGACCUUGGCCUUGUGUUUGGAUAAGGGUAAAACCAAGAUGGUGCUCGAACAAAUGGGCAUCCCGACUGCCCCGUUUGCCAUUGUACCUGCGUCAUGGCCCAUCGAGAAAGACAUCUCCCAGCUUCUGCACCAAAGUCGCUAUGCUGAGGAUUUAAAACAGAUGCCUUUGUUUAUUAAGCCAGCCUGUGAAGGGUCAUCUAAAGGAAUUUAUCCGUUCUCUAAAAUUGAGAACAUCUCUGACCUCGAGCUGGGUGUCCGAAGGCUUCGGGAAAGGUUCCCAGGGCAAAGCAUUUUGAUCGAGAAGUACCUAGCCGGACACGAAUACACCACUAGCAUCCUCGGAUCCGGAGACUCUGCCCGAGUCAUCGGCACAAUCCACCAUAAUUGGGAAGGGAAUGCACCGCAAUCAGGGACAGAACAGAAUAAACAGUCGGACAAUGCAUUUGGUGGAGGCUUUUACAGCCUCGAUAAUAAGAACGAAGUUCCAGGCGAGACGAUGGACCGCAUGGUUUACUCGGAGGAUAGCCCUGUGGUCCAAGGAGUAGAGCGUCUCGCGUUGGCAACCUGGCGCACGCUCGAAUGCUAUGACGUCGGCAGGGUUGAUAUUCGGUGCGCAGCAGAUGGGAAACCGCACGUUUUGGAAGUUAACCCUAUCCCUGGACUGCGCCCGCAAUGGUCUUGGCUUGCCAUCACCGCCCUGAACCACGGGAUGACACACGAGGCGCUACUGGGUGCAAUUGUUGAGUGUGCACUCAAAAGGUAUCCAGAACUAGAGCAUCAAAAGCUCGGAGCCCCUUCCCGUGGUUAG